AUAUGAAAACUCACUUUUAGCAUUGAUUUGAAAUAAUUAGAAAAAACCUGACGGCUUGGGAAGUGUUUCAGUUGUCUGUCCAACAAAACGAGUUAUACAACGAGAACACCACUAAUAUCGGGUCUUUAUUAGACGAUAUGGCAAACAUGGAUAUCGUUCACAUUACUCAAAAAGACGGCGGAACUCAACUGAAACUGGUUAUCGAUUACGAGAACGGGGGUCAGGCCUUAUUCAAGCCCAUGAGGUUUCCAAGAGAUCGCGAGACAGAUCCCAAUCACUUUUACUUCACUGAUUACGAGCGACACAACAGUGAGAUCGCGUCCUUUCAUUUGGAUCGAAUGCUUGGAUUCCGUAGAUCUCCACCAGUGGUGGGAAGAGUGCUUAAUAUGAGUUCAGAAAUCUAUGCGCUUUCGGACGAAGAACUCUUGAAAACAUUUUUUGUAUCCCCGGGUAAAGUGACUCUUCAUUAU